AUGGCGAGGACUUCGACAUGCGUCUACCAUUUCCUUGUUAUGAGCUGGUAUAUCUUCCUCAAUUACCACAUCUCACAGAAAGGAAGGGAUAUGCAGAUAUCCCAAAUCUUUCUAAACGGCGGACAGUGGAAGUACCUGACAUUCCUUAAUCUGUUGUUGCAGGCCAUUUUCUUUGGGGUCGCCUGCCUGGAAGAUGUGCUGAAAAGAAUUAAAGAGAAGAAAGACAUUAAGUUCAUAACUGCCUUCAGAGACCUGCUUUUCACCACACUGGCUUUUCCUGUAUCCACAUUUGUAUUCUUGUCAUUCUGGAUCCUCUUUCUCUACGAUCGAGACCUUGUUUACCCUAAGGUCCUAGACGGCAUCUUUCCACUGUGGCUCAAUCAUGCGAUGCACACGUUCAUAUUCCCCUUCUCGCUGGUUGAAGUCUACCUCAGGCCACACAGCUAUCCUCUGAAGAAGAAAGGACUCAUCUUGCUGGCUGCCGGUAGCUUUGCUUACAUUAGCAGGGUCCUAUGGAUCUACGUUGAGACUGGUACGUGGGUGUAUCCUGUGUUUGCCAAACUCAGCCCAGUGGGUCUAGCAGCCUUCUUCUCUCUCAGCUACAUCUUUAGUGCUGGCAUCUACCUACUUGGAGAGAAGCUCAACCACUGGAAAUGGGGUGACAUGAGGCAGCCAAAGAAGGAGAAGUGAUUAUAUGCUGUUUUCCAAGAACUAAAAAGGAA